CGACCCAUCAUUCAACCAGCACAGGAGACCCAAGAAUCCAUCCACCUGCAAAAGAAAAACCCUCCUUAAACCCUACUUCCUCAACUGAACAGACAAACAAACAAUCUAAAAAAUCAUUUUCUCUUUCAAAUUCUCCAAAAUCACACCCAAAAAUCAAAUGAAAAGGAGGGUCUUAACCAAACUCCUUUCUCACUUAAAUCCUUAUCUUUCCUCUCGUAAAACAAAACCCCUUUCCCUUUCAUCUUUUCACUCUCAAAGUUACAAACUUUCCAGCCAAAAUCGCAAAAUUCAACGCCAAAACUCAACCUUUAUAACUAACAGAUUCACCUCCACCUCUCCAAGUGACAAUCUUGAAGGACUGGUUGAUCCAAAUGACCCUUUUUUGCAAGUGGAAUCGCGGGUCGAGGCCUUUUCUAGCGAAGAAUUCGCAAUUUUACGCGAUUCUUUGUUAAGUCCUAGUGAAGAUAGGCAAAGAUUUGAUCUUGGUAAGUGUUCAAAUGAAGCUACUUUGAUUGCAAAUGUGAUUUUGAAUAAUAAUGAUGGGUUUGGGAACCAGACCCUGAAAUUGUUAAGAGAGCAGAGGGAGAAAUUGAAUCCAAAUUUGGUUGUUGAGGUUUUGAAUAUAGUUAAAAUCCCUGAAUUGUGUGUUAAUUUUUUUAUUUGGGCUGGUAGGCAAAUUGGGUAUUAUCACACUUUGCCCGUGUACAAUGCUUUGUUAGAGAUAUUAGAAAGUAGUAGUAAUAAUAGUAUUGAUAGAGUACCAGAGAAAUUUUUGCGUGACAUUAUGGAUGAUGACAAGCAAGUGUUAGGGAAGUUGCUCAAUGUAUUGAUUCGUAAAUGUUGUCAAAAUGGGUUGUGGAAUGCUGCGUUGGAGGAGUUAGGUAGGCUAAAGGAUUUUGGGUAUAAGCCAUCAAGGUUGACUUAUAAUGCUUUGGUUCAGGUGUUUUUAAGAGCUGAGAGAAUAGAUUCUGCAUAUUUGGUUCAUAGGGAGAUGUCAACUAUGGGGUAUAGAAUGGAUGAGUUUACUUUGGGCUGUUUUACGCAUUCCCUUUGUAAAUCAGGAAAGUGGAGAGAAGCCUUGUCGUUACUAGAGAAGGAAGAAUUUGUGCCUGAUACAGUGCUUUACACGAAGAUGAUAUCAGGGUUAUGUGAAGCUUCGCUUUUUGAAGAAGCUAUGGAUUUUUUGACCAGGAUGCGGGCUAGUUCUUGCCUUCCAAAUGUUUUGACAUAUAGGAUUUUGCUUUGUGGAUGUUUGAAUAAGGAAAAACUUGGUAGAUGUAAGAGAAUUCUUAGUAUGAUGAUCACAGAGGGCUGUUAUCCCAGUCCUAGGAUAUUUAAUUCUCUUGUUCAUGCUUAUUGCAGAUCUGGAGAUUAUGCCUAUGCCUAUAAGUUGCUAAAGAAAAUGGUGCAAUGUGGGUGCCAGCCAGGUUAUGUGGUUUACAAUAUAUUGAUUGGCGGUAUUUGUAGUAGCGAGGAGCCAAGCAAGGACGUGUUAGACUUGGCUGAGAAAGCCUAUGGUGAAAUGCUUGAAGCAGGGGUUGUACUAAAUAAGGUCAACGUCAGCAAUUUUUCUCGAUGUCUUUGUGGGAUUGGAAAAUUUGAGAAGGCAUAUAAUGUUAUCCGUGAAAUGAUGAGUAAGGGUUUUAUACCUGAUACCAGUACUUAUUCAAAAGUGAUUGGUUAUUUGUGCAAUGCAUCCAAAGUAGAGAAGGCUUUUCAAUUGUUUCAAGAAAUGAAAAGGAAUGGUAUUGCUCCAGACGUGUAUGUAUAUACUACACUAAUUGAUAGUUUUUGUAAAGCUGGUCUAAUAGAACAGGCUCGCAACUGGUUUGAUGAAAUGGAAAGAGAUGGUUGUGUUCCAAAUGUUGUGACUUAUACUGCUCUUAUACAUGCUUACCUUAAAUCUAGGAAGGUGUCUAAGGCAAAUGAAGUUUAUGAGAUGAUGCUGUCCAAAGGUUGUACUCCUAAUAUUGUCACGUAUACAGCUUUAAUCGAUGGUCUAUGUAAAGCAGGGAAGAUUGAAAAAGCUAGCCAGAUUUACAAAAUAAUGAAAAAGGAAAAUGUGGAGAUCCCAGAUGUUGAUAUGUAUUUCAGGGUUGUUGAUGGUGCUUCGAAUGAACCAAAUGUCUUUACAUAUGGAGCUCUGGUUGAUGGUUUGUGCAAAGCCUAUCAGGUCAAAGAGGCACGGGAUUUGCUAAAAUCUAUGUCAGUGGAAGGUUGUGAGCCAAACCAUGUCAUCUAUGAUGCCCUUAUAGAUGGAUGUUGCAAGGCUGGCAAGCUGGACGAAGCACAAGAAGUGUUUACUAAGAUGUUGGAGUGUGGGUAUGACCCAAAUGUAUAUACUUACAGCUCUUUGAUUGAUAGGUUGUUUAAGGAUAAACGGUUAGAUCUUGCCUUGAAAGUCCUGUCCAAAAUGCUAGAAAAUUCAUGUGCUCCUAAUGUUGUUAUUUACACCGAGAUGAUUGACGGCCUCUGCAAAGUUGGAAAGACAGAUGAAGCUUACAAGCUUAUGGUUAUGAUGGAAGAAAAAGGAUGUAAUCCAAAUGUCAUAACUUAUACUGCAAUGAUUGAUGGCUUUGGAAAAGCAGGGAGAGUUGAAAAAUGCCUUGAGCUGUUGCAACAAAUGAGUUCCAAGGGCUGUGCUCCAAAUUUUGUGACCUAUAGGGUUUUGAUAAACCACUGCUGUUCUACUGGCCUUUUAGAUGAGGCUCACAAACUUUUAGAAGAGAUGAAACAGACAUACUGGCCAAGACAUGUAGCAGGUUAUCGUAAAGUCAUUGAAGGUUUCAAUCGUGAAUUUAUAGCUUCUCUUGAUCUUUCAUUUGAGAUAAGUGAGAAUGAUUCAGUGCCAGUUGCUCCAGUUUAUAGAGUCCUGAUUGAUAAUUUUAUCAAGGCUGGAAGACUAGAGAUUGCUCUUGAGCUGAAUGAAGAGCUCUCAUCAUUUUCACCAUUUUCCGCUGCCAAUCAGAAUAUACACAUUACUUUGAUUGAGAAUCUGUCACUUGCACAUAAAGCUGAUAAGGCUUUUGAGUUGUAUGCGGACAUGAUCAGUAGGGGCAGUAUUCCAGAGCUAAGCAUUUUAGUUCACCUUAUUAAAGGUCUACUCAGAGUCAACAGAUGGGAAGAAGCCUUGCAAUUGUUAGAUAGCAUAUGUCAAAUGGAUAUCCAUUGGGUCCAAGAACAAGAAACUGCUCGUACAAACUGAGACAGUUUUCAUCAAUCUGACAACCACUGCAUCAUCAAGUGUUUUGCCGGGAGAUUGAAAUGGAAUUUCUACCAAUCCUAGGACUCAAUGGUGCACCACUAAGUUUGGCUCAGAGACCUGCUCAGCUGAUGAUAAUGCACAAGUGCAAAAGGCUGAAUGGAUGGUCAACAGUUGGAAACUUAACAUUCUCAAUAAUUGGUUUGUGGGUUGUUAAGCUGCAAUGAGUCAAAUGAAAGACGUUGGCAUCGCUGCAGAACAAGGAGGAAUUUUGCUCUUCAAUCACACAAUCUAAUGGAGCCGGUCAGUGCCUCUAAACUGUUUCCCCGUGGCAGUGCUCCUCAGACGAUUAAUCUGUAACCUUGAGGGUUAGUUUACUACAUUAAAAUGUUAACUUUUGUGGGGCCUAGUUAGUUUAGGUAAUUGGCAUUGUCCUAAGAGAUUAGAGAGAUUGAAUCUCGUGCAAAUAUAGAAUAUAUAGGAAGGAUGAACAGAGGGAGGGGAGGUUUACCCCGUUGUGUAUCCCAUUUGUUGUGUUAAAGAUGGGAUUUUUAAUCUCUCAUUUUGUUCCUCUAUAAUUCAUAAUUCUAAUUAUGGUCCAGCAACAAAA